AUGUUCGAACGAAUCUCUUUACUUCCUUCUUACAGUUUGAAUCGUAUUCUAAUUGGAGCCAUCAGUAGUAUAUGUCUACUCAUGAUCAGUCCACAUUCCAAUGUUGUCAUGUGUUAUUUUAAUCGUCUAUCAGCUGUUUCACCAACAUCCGAAGCUCCUAUUGUCAUCGGUGCUUUCUUCUCCUUACACAAUCCGCCAGUGUCGCACGGUGGUGGCCGUUUACGAGAAUGUGGAGAUAUUCGCGAAGAUUACGGUAUACAUCGUGUCGAAGGAACAUUUUGGAUUCUCGAUCAAAUCAAUGCCAAUCAAUCCAUCCUACCGAAUAUAACUGUUGGUUAUCAGAUUCGUGAUUCGUGUUGGUAUGCACCUGUUGCACUAGAGCAGACUAUCGAAUUCAUCGGUAAAUCCGUUUUAACGAUCGGUGAUCCAACUUUGAAUACGAAGAAUGGUCGAUCACGGUUGGCAGCAAUCAUUGGGCCUGGCGAUAGUUCGAUCACCAUGCAAACGCAUAAUAUCUUACAACUAUUUGAAAUGCCACAGAUAGGAUAUUCAUCCACUGCACGGCAAUUGAGCGACAAGGAAAAGUUCAAAUAUUUCAUACGAGUUAUUGCAUCGGAUACACAGCAAGCACAAGCAAUUGUUAAUAUUAUUGAACAAUUCAAAUGGAAUUACGUGGCUACAAUCGGUACCGAAGGUGAUUAUGGUCGUGGUGGAGUCGAAGCUAUCCGUCGUCUAUUAAACAAAGAUGCAUGUAUUGGUGCUGAUUUCACUAUGCCAAUUGGUGCAAAUGUAUCAGUAGCCAUCCAACUAAUUCAACAACUGAUCAUUCGAGCACCCCGAGUUCAAGUGCUAAUCUGUUUUUGUCUUGAUCAUUCCAUACGUGCUAUAUUACAAGCGAUUAGUCAGUUGAAUUACACAAAACGAUUCGUUAUUCUUGGAAGUGAUGCAUGGGCCGAUCGUUUAAAUGUAAUACCAAAUAACACGGAAAACGUUGCAUUAGGUGCUAUUACGAUCAAAGCUCGUUCGUUACGGGUACCAGGCUUUGAACAAUAUUUUCGUCGAUUGCAUGUUUAUAAUAAUACACGAAACGUCUGGUUCACUGAAUACUGGCAACACAAGUUUGAUUGUGGACUUACUAAUUACAAUAAUACGAAUAGUCGAAAAACUUACGCUCGUCAAUGUCGUCCCGAACAAGAAAGUCUUACUCGUGUACCUUACAAUGAAGAUCCCAAACUUGCAUUCGUCAUUAAUUCGAUUCUAGCUGUGGUACACGGACUGGAUAAAAUGCAUAAACAAAUUUGUAACGGUACAAGUGGAUUAUGUGCUGAAAUGACUCGUAUGAACACAUCCCUUUUGAUGCAGUUCGUAACAAGUAGUCGAUUUACUGGCAUAACUGGUGAGGAGGUGUUUUUCGAUGAAAAUGGCGAUGGUCCUGGAAGAUACGACAUAUUGAAUUUGCAAUACAAUAGCGACGACGUCGAACAUCCUCUUCACUAUGUACAAAUUGGAACGUGGAAUACAGGAAAAUUGAGUUUAAAUACAUCCUCCAUUCGAUUCUUCGCGGACCAGUAUUCAAUCAACCAAAUCAGUAUACAUCAGUACUGUAGUGAAGCUUGUCCAUUAGGUCAUAUCAAAAAAUUUAUCGAUGACAAACAUUGCUGUUGGAAAUGUCACCCAUGCGAUAAUGCGAUCGUUCUCGAUGAAACGACUUGCUUUACUUGUCCUGCCGGAUUUGCCCCGAAUAGUGAUCAAACAGGUAAUCAACACAUUCUAAUUUUCCCAUCGUUCAUAACUGAGAAACCUUUAGCUUGUGAUCUCUUGCCAAUCACAACAAUUAACUUUCGUCAUCCAUUGUCAAUUAUCAUAUGUUUCGGUGCUGCGAUCGGUAUCUUAAUAAGCUUAUUUGUUCUUUAUAUAUUUAUACGUUUCAACGCGACACCAGUUGUUAAAUCCACCACACGCGAAUUAAGUUAUUUGAUUUUAACAGGAAUUCUAUUCUGUCAUUUAACUGCGUUUAUUAUUCUGCAAAAGCCAUCAUUUAUCACCUGUGUUUUAACGCGUCUGCUCCCAGGAAUAUCGUUUUCCAUGAUCUACGGCUCGCUGGUGACGAAAACCAAUCGAAUUGCACGACUUCUAGCACGCAGUAAAAAGAAAAUCAUCACAAAACGACUGAAGUUUAUGGGUGCACGGCAUCAACUUGCUAUCGCUUGUCUGAUAAUCGUUACUGAAAUCAUCAUCGUUGCCGCAACUGUCUAUCGCGAUCCGCCGACAGCAGAACUCAUUGAAACUGGUGGUCGUUUGCUACUGACAUGCAAGAAUUCCAUUCCGGGUAUUGUUGCUCCACUUGGUUUCGACGGUGUGUUAGUUUUUCUAUGUACACUUUAUGCAAUAAAAACAAGGAAUUUGCCUGAGAAUUUCAAUGAAGCGAAAUUUAUCGGCUUUUCUAUGUAUACAACUUGUGUUAUAUGGUUAGCAUUUGCUGCUGUUUAUGUAACGAUUGAUGUCAAAGUGUUUUCACUAUGUGUUGCCACAAAUGCAAGUGCAUACGUUGUACUUGUGUUCUUAUUCUUUCCAAAACUGUAUUUAAUUAUCUUCAAACCUGAAAAAAACCAACGAAGCGCAUUUGCAACGAACACCGAUAUUCGUUGUCAUUUUGGCUCAUCAACAUCAAAGGGUGACAUCUCAUCCUAUCGUUACAGUGAGGGUGCACCUUUAUUUCGUCGUUCGGUUAUCAAUCGUAUUCGUUUCGGAAAUCAUCUACCUGUAACUAAUGAACUCAAUAAUACUGCUGGUACAUCAUCCACUUUGCGUAUUAGUGAUCUCCUCGUCAACGAUCGUCGUGCAUCGAGUUCUUCAGCAGCUUAUGUACGUCCUUGGACACAUAACCGACGAUUAUCCGGUUCACCUCAAUCAGCUAUAAUCAACAAUCCUCCUCCAUAUCGUAAGGAAUUAUCUAGUCAAAACACUUUAGACGACCUGCCUGACAUACUACCUAAAAGAAGUCCAGUUAAACGAUCAACAGAUCCCGCAGUACACAUGAAAGACGAGGAUCAAUUCAAGUCUACAUCACGACAUUCACCAGAAUGUGUGCUUGCAGCAAAUUCAUCGACGAAUGCUGAUUUAACAACUGGUACUAUAGACAAGAAUGAAUCAGUUGCAUCAAUGAAAACGAUGGAUCUUGAAAGUGACUCAUCAAGUCUUUGGGCAGAGGAUGAUUUUGCAUUAAAUUCGACGACAACAUCCAAUUCCAAAUCGGUUUGUACAUGUCAACUACUAUGGCAAAUGGAACGCGACACAGACAGAAGAGGUGCAAAUGGUAUAGUUUAUCAAAUUGAACAUGAAAAUAUUCAAUAUGCCAUGAAAAUUUCAAAUAAAACAUCAACAAAAGAAUAUGAAAUAGCUGAAAAAAUGAACAAUUACAUAAAUGAACAUUCAUUAUCAGAUAUUAAAAUAAUACAUAUGUUUAAUAUUCAAGGCUUUAUUUUAUCAAGACCAGUUGGAAAAUUAAUGAACAAAAAUGAUUUAUGCAAAAAGAAAUAUAUUAAUCAAUUAUUUAAACAAUUAUCUAUUGGUCAGAAACUUGGAUUUGUUCAUCGUGAUAUUCGAAUAUAUAAUUUAAUCUUAUUUAAUGAUGAUAUUUAUUUAAUUGAUUGGGAUUCAUCGACAUAUAAUGGUUUCCAAGGUAAUUAUGAAGGAACAUUUACAACAGCAUCCACAUCUGUAUUGACUGAAUACGAAUUAACACAUGGUAAACAAGUUUCAGCUUAUUAUGCUGAUGAUUGUUUAUCAAUUAUUUACAUGUUAUUAUUAUCAAAAUGUACAAAAGAAGAACAUGCUGCAUUAAAACAAUAUGCUUCUGUUAGUUCUGCUGGUGAAUUAAUCGUAGAACGUAGCGAGAUUUUAUUACAACGACAUCCAACUAUUAUCGAUCAUCUCAAUGAAAUUGAAAAACAACGCCAUAAUUUAUUCGAUAUAGAUGAUUUACAUAAUCGAUGUCAACAGAUAAUUCAACAACAUAUAGACUUGAUUUAA